AUGUCUACCAUUGAAGAACAACUUCUGGCUUUACAACAGCAAUUUGCUACACUUCAAGCCCAGCUUCAAGCGGCCUCCAUGCCUAAUCCUGUGCAGUCAGCGGAAGACACUGCCAUGCCUACUCCUAUGCAGUCAGAGGAAAGUACUGCUAUCCCACCUCUCCAUUCGUUUGGUACUAGGCCCCAUUACGAAUGGUCUCCCUCCGAUGCCCUUACGGACCUAAUGGAAUUGGAUACUCCCCUUCAUCAUUCUAAGCCUUUGCCUGAUUCUGAACGCAAGGCUAUCAUUGAGUCUUAUCCCCCUAUGGCUCAUUUAGACUAUCGAGCUCCAGCGACGAUUCCUACCGCUGCCAAAAUCAUGAAUCGUGGGCAGAAGUAUGAGGACCAGUCUCUCAAGAGUCUCCAAUAUCUUUUAUCUGCCACCUUUCGCCCUUUGGACAUUCUAAUUCAUGAGAUGUUCACUCAUGAAACAGGUAAUCCCAACCUAGAACGUUAUAGCACCAUGUUGCGAGAUAUUCGCCGUCUCCUACUCCAUGUUUGUUCGACAAUGACUCAACAGCGCAACAAUCUGGCUCUGCGGGUCAUUAACCCUUCAUUCCGCCUGGAGAAUGAUGCAGAAGUGAAUUACACCCUUCCUUUGGAUGAAUUCCAACAAACACUUGUCCAACAGACAGCUGCCCGAAAGGCAACCCGUGAAGCCACAGCUAAUCGCAGGCAACGUCGUUAUAAUCGCAACACACCCAUCUCUAGCUCUCCCUCCAACGGAUCGGAUCCUUCGUUUUUUCGAUCAGGUCCACCCUCGCAGCAGGGUGGUUUCAGCAACAACAACAACAACAACAGCAAAACUUCACCAGCCAGUACAACAACAAGGCCAACAGCAACAACAACAAUUUUCAACAAAACGCCCACAAGAAAAACUCCAACCCUUUUCGUCAGUAAAUCCAACAGCACCAACGUCAACCGCAACAUCAACAUCCACAACAACAACGGUAACAUCUUUACCAAUUCAAAUCAACAACAUAACAACCGAUCCAUUCAACACGACUAUCAUAUUCCCUUCCAUACAACACCUCCAACCACAACAAUACCAACAUCUAUUACCCCCUUUUCCGCAGACCAAGCUACUCUUAUCGACCAGGCCAUUCAAGACCUCUUGGACAAGUCAGCAAUCGAGAAGGUGCCUCCUCAUCAGGUACAACAGGUCCCAGGGUUUUACAGCUCAAUGUUUGUAAUUCCCAAGAAGAGCGGUGGCGUCCGCCCUGUCUUCAAUUUGAAGAACCUCAAUCAGUAUUUAGACGCACCUCAUUUCAAGAUGGAAACUAUCAGAGAAGUAUCUCUGAUGAUCAAACGCAACGACUAUCUCGUCUCCAUCGACUUAUCCGAUGCCUUCCUUCAUGUAGGACUUCAUCAGGACUCCAGGCGCUACUUACGUCUGAAAUGGAAGGACCAGGUUUACCAGUAUUGUACAACCGCCUUUGGUUUGGCUUCUAGUCCUUUUGUCUUCACCAAAGUUUGCAGGCCCAUAUUAGAGCACUUACGCUCGCGCGGAAUCAGGAUCUCGGCGUACUUAGACGACUGGCUCUUAAUGGCGGACUCCAAGCAACUAGCGAUGGAACAGGCUCGACAGGUGGUCUCUUUAUUGCAGGAUCUAGGAUGGUUAAUCAACUUCCAGAAAUCGGUUCUCACUCCUACUCAACAAUUGGAACACCUCGGCUUUGUAUUGAAUACCAAGUCCAUGACAGCCCGACUCCCUGCAACCAAACUGAGGGACAUUCGUCGUUCAAUCAAGCAGCCUGACAAUGAGGAUACAAGCGGCAACAUUUGCGAUAUUCCCUGCUCGUCUGUACACCCGUCACCUCUUAUUCUACAAGAAUCAGUCAGUGAAAUCAGACGUGGAUUGGGAUCGUCCUCGCCCGUUGGAUCAAGCAAGUCUGGAAGAACUUCAAUGGUGGUAUGUCAACAUCCGCAAGUGGAACGGUCGGUCAAUGCUCCCAUCAACGCCCAAUCAGACAAUGUUCGUGGACGCCAGCGAUACUGGAUGGGGUUGCUCAUGGAAGACUCAGCGGGCCCAUGGUUACUGGACAGCGGAAGAGGCAGCCCAAUCGAUCAACUGGAGGGAACUACAAGCUGCAUUCAUAGCCCUCAGAACUUUCCAUCUGCCGCCGAAUUCAACAGUGCUAAUCCGGACAGACAACACAACCAGCUUAUCCUACAUCAACAAGCAAGGCGGAACUCGUUCUCUUCCGCUGAUGGAAUUAGCAACACAGGUAUGGAUAUGGUGUCUCCGCAAUCGCAUAAUGAUUCAGGCGCAACACAUCCAGGGCAUACACAACAGGAUCGCGGACUUCGAGUCUCGGCGCCAGUAUUUCAAGAAUCAAUGGAUGAUCAAGCCGCAGAUAUUUCAACAGAUACAGCAAGCUUGGGGACCUUUUUCCAUCGAUCUAUUCGCGGACAGGACUACGAAGUUGCUACCAAAGUGCGUGUCAUGGAUGCCGGAUCCAGACGCUCUAUAUACGGAUGCGUUAUCGAUAACAUGGACCAACUUCCGGAAUCCCUUCGUAAAUCCUCCUUGGAAUCUCAUCACACGGGUAUUGAACAAGAUCAGGCAAGAACGACUUUCCUUGGUGACUCUGGUGGUUCCGUACUGGCCCAGUGCUCUGUGGUUCCCCCUCCUACAACGAUUGGCUCUUUCCCCGCCUUGGAUGUUGCCACCACAAGCGGUGCAGACAACAUCACCCAGGACUCCCCACCCAUUACUACAACAGAAUUGGAUGCUCUCCGUGUGGCAACUAUCAGGCAGCAAUUACUAAAGAAAAAUCUCAAUGCACAAGCGGUUGAGGACUUGUUGGCAGCAAAGUUAGCUCCCACUGGGACUAACUUAAGCUAUCGCAAGAACCAGCUUCGUUUCCUAGAAUGGGCCAUCAAGAAUGGAGUUUCCUUCACCUCGUUUACACCCGUAGAACUUGUUAACUUCCUCUCGGAUAUUCGCAGCCGCUACAACUUACAGGUCGCUACACUGAAAACUGUACGGGCUGCCGUAGCUCAUCUUCAUGAUGAACCAAAAGGUAUACGUGAGAGUGAACUGAUUAACUCUUACAUAGAUACUAUGAUGAAACAAGCACCUCCCGUCCCUAUACACCGACCCACAAUCGACAUCUCCCCCGCGCUGACCUAUGCCCGUUCUAUUGUUUCUCGAACAACUAUUUCUAUCAAGUUAUUACAACAGAAGUUAGUCUUUCUGCUUGCUAUGGCGGCCUUCCUCCGACCCUCUGACCUAGCUCGUAUCCCGUAUCACUCCUGCUCUAUCACGGAUACUGGCUGUCUUACUUUACAAGUCGUGGCGCCUAAAGAGACUCGUCGCAAACGACGCAUCAUCAAGCCCUUUACGAUCCAUCCUCAUGCGUCCGACAUAGAACUAUGCCCAGUUCAGUGUUUCAAGGCUCUUCGUGCUCAUCCUGGUUUGGCUUCUCGUCCUCCUGGUUCACAACUCUUUGUAAAGUCUCAUCUCAUCCAACAGCCCCUAUCGUCUUCAACCAUUUCCUCAUGGCUACAUCGUGACUUUAUUGCACUCUGCACUUCUGAACCUAAUGUUUCCAUCCGUUCACUAGCAUCCUCAGCGAGCGUUAGAUCUUGGGGUCUCUAG